CGCGCGGCGGCGGCGGGGACGCGGGGACGCGGGGACGCGGCUUUGUGCUGGCGGGUCGCGGGGCGCCCAUGGCGGAGUGCGGCCGGGGGGGCGCCGCCGGCGGGGCCCUGCCCACCUCCCCGGGCCCGGCCCUCGGCGCCAAGGGCGUCCUGAAAGCCGUCGCCGGGGAAGGCGGCGGCGGUGGCGGCGGCGUUGGAGGAGGUCGCCUCGUCCACGGGCGGGCGCGCUAUGACAGCGGCGGGGUUUCCAACGGAGACUGCAGCCUCGGCGUGUCCGGGGACGAAGCCCGGGCCAGCCCCGCCAGGGGACCCCACGGCGCCGCCGGCGCCGCCACUUCCACCCCGGCCGCCUGCCCCCUCCCGCGGGAGAGCAAAGCCGGCGGCCUGCCCCGCCGGAGCAGCAUCAUCAAGGAUGGUACAAAACAGAAAAGAGAACGGAAAAAGACCGUCUCGUUCAGCAGCAUGCCAACAGAGAAGAAGAUCAGCAGUGCCAGCGACUGCAUCAACUCCAUGGUCGAGGGCUCAGAACUCAAAAAGGUCCGCUCCAACUCCAGAAUUUACCAUCGGUACUUUUUGCUGGAUGCCGAUAUGCAGAGCCUGAGAUGGGAGCCGUCUAAGAAGGAUUCUGAGAAAGCCAAGAUCGAUAUUAAAUCCAUCAAGGAAGUGAGAACAGGAAAGAACACAGACAUCUUCCGCAGCAAUGGCAUUUCUGACCAGAUAUCCGAAGACUGUGCGUUUUCGGUCAUCUACGGGGAGAAUUACGAGUCCCUCGAUUUGGUCGCCAACUCUGCAGAUGUUGCUAACAUCUGGGUUACAGGACUACGGUACCUCAUUUCUUAUGGAAAACAUACCCUGGAUAUGCUAGAAAGUAGCCAGGAUAACAUGAGGACUUCUUGGGUUUCGCAGAUGUUUAGUGAAAUUGACGUGGAUAACCUUGGACAUAUAACCCUGUGUAACGCUGUGCAGUGUAUCCGAAACCUCAAUCCCGGCUUGAAAAUUAGCAAAAUCGAGCUUAAGUUCAAAGAAUUGCACAAAUCCAAGGACAAAGCAGACACGGACGUCACCAAGGAAGAGUUUGUCGAGGUUUUCCACGAGCUUUGUACCAGACCUGAAAUUUAUUUCCUUUUAGUUCAGUUUUCAAGCAAUAAAGAAUUCCUCGACACCAAGGACCUUAUGAUGUUUCUGGAGGCAGAGCAGGGGGUGGCCCAUAUCAACGAGGAGAUCAGCCUCGAGAUCAUCCACCAGUACGAGCCGUCGGCCGAGGGCCGGGAGAAAGGCUGGCUUUCUAUCGAUGGCUUCACUAAUUACCUGAUGUCCCCUGACUGCUAUAUCUUUGACCCAGAGCAUAAGAAGGUCUGCCAGGACAUGAAGCAGCCUUUGUCUCAUUACUUUAUAAACUCAUCUCACAAUACAUACUUAAUAGAGGAUCAGUUCCGAGGGCCCUCGGACAUCACGGGCUAUAUCCGCGCUCUUAAAAUGGGGUGCCGGAGCGUGGAGUUAGACGUGUGGGACGGCCCAGAUAACGAGCCCGUCAUUUACACAGGCCACACCAUGACGUCUCAGAUCGUCUUCCGCAGCGUCAUCGACAUCAUCAACAAGUACGCCUUCUUCGCCUCCGAGUAUCCGCUCAUCCUGUGUCUGGAAAACCACUGCUCCAUCAAGCAGCAGAAGGUGAUGGUGCAACACAUGAAGAAGAUCUUGGGAGACAAGCUCCACACCACCUUGCCCAACGCGGAGGAGUCUUACCUCCCCUCCCCCGACGUGCUGAAAGGGAAGAUACUGAUUAAAGCCAAGAAGUUGUCCUCCAGUUGCCCCGGGGUGGAGGGCGACGUCACCGACGAGGACGAGGGAGCGGAGAUGUCCCAGCGGAUGGGCAAGGAGAACGUGGAGCAACUCAACAACGUGCCUGGGAAGCGCUUCCAGCUGUGCAAAGAGCUGUCGGAGCUGGUGAGCAUCUGCAAGUCGGUGCAGUUCAAAGAGUUCCAGGUGUCGUUCCAGGCGCAGAAGUACUGGGAGGUCUGCUCCUUCAACGAAGUGCUGGCCAGCAAGUACGCCAACGAGAACCCAGGCGACUUUGUGAACUACAACAAACGCUUCCUGGCCAGGGUGUUCCCGAGCCCCAUGAGGAUCGACUCCAGCAACAUGAACCCUCAAGACUUUUGGAAGUGUGGCUGCCAAAUCGUCGCCAUGAACUUCCAGACCCCGGGCCUGAUGAUGGACCUGAACAUCGGCUGGUUCCGGCAGAACGGCAACUGCGGCUACGUGCUGCGGCCCGCCAUCAUGCGGGAGGAGGUGUCCUUCUUCAGCGCCAACACCAAGGACUCGGUGCCCGGGGUGUCGCCUCAGCUGCUGCACAUCAAGAUCAUCAGCGGGCAGAACUUCCCCAAACCCAAGGGCUCGGGGGCCAAAGGGGACGUGGUGGACCCCUAUGUCUACGUGGAGAUCCACGGCAUCCCCGCGGACUGUGCUGAGCAAAGGACAAAAACGGUGCACCAGAACGGGGACACGCCCAUCUUCGACGAGAGCUUCGAGUUCCAGAUCAACCUGCCCGAGCUGGCCAUGGUGCGCUUCGUGGUCCUGGAUGACGACUACAUCGGGGAUGAGUUCAUCGGGCAGUACACCAUCCCCUUCGAGUGUUUACAGACGGGCUACCGCCACGUGCCCCUGCAGUCGCUGACCGGGGAGGUCCUGGCCCACGCGUCUCUGUUCGUCCACGUGGCCAUCACCAACCGCCGAGGAGGCGGGAAGCCGCACAAAAGGGGUCUCUCUGUGCGGAAAGGGAAGAAAUCCCGGGAGUAUGCCUCCCUGAGAACACUGUGGAUUAAAACCGUCGACGAGGUGUUCAAGAACGCCCAGCCCCCCAUCCGCGAUGCCACGGAUCUCCGGGAGAACAUGCAGAACGCAGUGGUGUCCUUCAAGGAGCUGUGUGGCCUGUCUUCCGUGGCCAACCUCAUGCAGUGUAUGCUGGCUGUGUCUCCCCGCUUCCUGGGGCCUGACAACAGCCCCCUGGUGGUCCUCAAUCUCAGCGAGCAGUACCCCACCAUGGAGCUACAGGGAAUCGUGCCCGAGGUCCUGAAGAAGAUCGUGACAACCUACGACAUGAUGAUCCAGUCUCUCAAGGCAUUGAUCGAAAAUGCGGAUGCGGUGUAUGAGAAGAUCGUACAUUGUCAAAAGGCGGCCAUGGAAUUCCACGAACACUUGCACAGCAUCGGCACCAAGGAAGGGCUGAAGGAAAGAAAACUACAGAAAGCAGUGGAGAGCUUCACCUGGAAUAUCACCAUCUUAAAGGGACAAGCGGAUCUUUUGAAAUAUGCUAAGAAUGAGACUCUGGAGAACCUGAAACAAAUCCAUUAUGCUGCUGUUUCGUGUGGACUGAAUAAACCAGGCACCGAGAACGCCGACGUGCAGAAGCCACGCAGGAGCCUCGAGGUCAUCCCCGAAAAAGAGAACGAUGAAACGGGGGAGUGAGGGAGCCUCCGAGAAGCCGUUACGGAGUUGAUAACUCCAGGACCAAGUGUAGCCGAGGGGGACAUUUCGCUUUGCACUCACUAAUGAAAACAAUAUCGGGGAUCUUAAAGCACAACUGGAAUAAAUAAUUACAGUCUAUUAAAACUGUGAAUGUAUGUAGCAAUCCUGUGUGUGAAGGCAAAUAAACUUUAACAAGAAAUUAUAUUCCUGGCCAAAAUAUGCGAUAUUUGUAUACCAAGAUGUUACUCAGUUCCGGUGUGAACCAACAGACUAUUCGCUCUAGUUCCAGUGAGAAAUGUUUUCCUAACAGAUCAUUUCUUAAGGUAGAUACAGAUUAAAUUGUAAAAUUAGUAUUUAUUGAAGGAAAACCUUGUCUACACACUUAACGCGUGAGUGCCAGAGUCUUUGGGCUCUAGACGCUGGUAGAGCCGUAAUUGUUAAGGAGACUCAGAGGACAGACCCCCACCCCCCACCCCCAGGACCGGGGAGUGCUGUCGAGUUUAAGGAGAAUGUGCAAUUGGACUGAGGAUGCGUGUGGAGUGUAUAUCUAUGUACAAGCAGGCCGUCCGGAAGCCACACACUGUAAAUGGUUUUUCAUUGUAUGAAACAGUGUUCACAUUAAAGAGACGUUUUAUGAUA